AUGGCCUUCCAACUUCCGAUUCUUAAGCCGAAUACAUUGGCAUUCGGAUCCAGGUCAUCGAUGUCGAAGGUGCUAAAUACUCACUUGUAUCGCAUCGGCCAAUUCUCCGCGACCCCGGGUAUCGCACUCCAAGAUUCACGACGCCUACAUACGGAGUGCUCUGCGCGCGUUUCGUCGCCUGUUGAGGCUGUCGCCACUGGAGCCUACAACCCACCUUUACAUCAAUUAUCACGGACCUUGUUCCACAUCACGUCGUCCAUUACUGCUCGUCAUUGCCACGUACUGUCUGCCAGAAAAUACUCGACACUCGCUCCGCCGCUAAAUCGCGCUCGUCCUGCUCUCGCGGCCGACUACCUACGACACCAACGGUUUCUUUUUGGAGGGCCAUCUCAUGGAUUGCUAGCGCAAAAGGAAAAAACCGCGAAUAACAACCCAAACAGCGUCAGCGCUCAAAAUGCAUUUUACCAGGCCCUUCUCCGAGCCAACAUGCCUGCCAUUGUGAUCGAGCGGUACAGAAGCGGCCAUUUCUCGAGUAACGCACUCUCGGAGCAAAUUUAUCUGAAAGCCUUGGAGCGUGUUGGUGGAGGUGUUGUGUCGGCGUCGGCAUCGAACCUCAACCAAGGUCUCCGCUCUGAUCAAAUCCAAGCCGUCGGACAAGCUAUCGCAGCCCAGAACCAGGGUGGACAAAUUGGGAUUUCCUCUACUAAGCAGUCAGGGACUGGUGCCAAAGAUGCUCCUCUGUACGUUGUUGUCGAGGAAUCUCUGGGAAGCACCGUGUUUCGUUGGGUCAAGUUCAUUGUUUACUUCUGUGCCUUCGCCUACACGUCGAUGAUUGUACUUUCAAUUGUUCUCGAAACCACAGGCGUCAUGAAGAAUAUCAAAGGUCCCCACAGCAAUGAAGCGCAGCCAGAGCACCAAACCGUCCGGUUCAGCGAUGUUCAUGGAUGUGACGAGGCAAAGGAUGAGCUCCAGGAACUAGUCGAAUUUCUGCUGAAUCCGGAUCGAUUCUCUUCUCUUGGUGGAAAACUCCCUAAGGGAGUUCUGCUUGUUGGGCCUCCAGGUACCGGAAAGACCUUGCUCGCUCGCGCUGUUGCAGGCGAAGCUGGUGUUCCUUUCUUCUACAUGUCUGGCUCUGAGUUCGAUGAGGUAUACGUAGGCGUCGGUGCUAAGCGUGUCCGCGAACUCUUCAGUCAGGCCCGGAAUAAGUCCCCCGCGAUCAUCUUCAUUGACGAACUUGAUGCCAUUGGCGCGAAGAGAAACGAGCGGGACGCUGCCUACGUGAAACAGACUCUGAACCAGUUACUGACCGAACUUGACGGAUUCUCGCAAUCUACCGGUGUCAUUAUCUUGGCCGCUACCAAUUAUCCUGAACUGCUUGACAAAGCCUUGACUCGUCCUGGUCGCUUCGACCGGAAAGUUGUUGUCGACCUUCCUGAUGUUCGAGGACGAAUGGACAUCCUGAAGCAUCACAUGAAGAACGUUCAAAUUGGUACCGAUGUUGAUGUGGCAGUGAUUGCACGUGGCACAAGUGGCUUCUCUGGCGCUGAUCUGGAAAACUUGGUUAACCAGGCCGCCAUCUUUGCCAGCAGGAACAAGCAAAACAAAGUUACGCCCAAGGAUUUUGACUAUGCCAAGGACAAGAUCAUCAUGGGUGCAGAGGCUCGCAGCAGGAUUAUCCAGGACAAAGACAAGCUUCUGACUGCCUACCACGAGGCUGGACAUGCGCUGGUUGCCUAUUUCUCGCCGUCUUCUACGCCUCUGUACAAAAUCACAAUCAUGCCUCGAGGAAUGACUCUUGGAUCAACCCACUUCUUGCCGGAAAUGGAUAUGGUCUCAAGGAAUUACGUCCAGUACUUGAGCGACAUUGACAUCUCUAUGGGCGGUAGGGUGGCAGAAGAGCUGAUCUUUGGGGAAGACCAGGUCACCAGCGGUAUCUUAGCGGACCUCGAGAGUGCCACGCGAACCGCCUUUAUGCUUGUCACGCGUUUUGGAUACUCUAAGAAACUUGGAAACGUUGACCUCUACGGCAAUUAUGACAGCUUGUCUUCUGAAACGAAGCAGGAAAUUGAGGCUGAGGUUCGACGGCUGGUUGAGGAAGCUCGCCUGCGCGCCACUAACAUCUUGACGGAGAAGAGACACGAACUAGAGUUGCUAACCAAGGCGCUGAUUAAGUACGAGACACUGACCAAGGAGGAAAUGGAGAAGGUCUUGAGGGGUGAGAAUCUCGAUAGGCUUGUCGUGCCGGCCGAUGCGCCUAUGAAACUGCCUGAACCCAUCCAGCCAACGAACCUUACCCCGUCCCAGGGUGUUCAAGAGCCGGCAUCACAAGUGUCUGCAGAAUAG